AUGUGUUUUCCUUACCAGCAAUUUCAUCUAUCUAUCUAUCUAUCUAUCUAUCUAUCUAUCUAUCUAUCUAUCUAUCUAUCUAUCAAGUUCUUUUGUCAAAUCAAUCUAACUAUCGAGUUCUUUUGUCAAAUCUAUCUAUCUAUCUAUCUAUUUUACUUAACCCUACAGCCAACGUUGUCCACGCAGUUCGCAGAGAGAAUUUUCGUAUUCGAAGCGUUAAUUCUCUCUGCGAACUACCCCAUACCUGAUCGAGUGGCUGUAACCCUUGAUGGUGAAGCUUGUGGAACAGGUCGAAAGCUUCAAAUAUCUUGGCGCCAAUUUUACAGCCACUGGUCAAGCGAAGGACGAAAUCACCACCUUGAUUUUCACCUUAUCUAUCUUGUCUUUCCUAAACAUCUUUUUCUCCUUCCCACGAAUUUCCUUCUUCCGAUUCUCGCCAUUUCAUCUUUUUCCUUCUUCACUCCUUUUCCUCCUUUCGCCAUUGUUAUUUUUGUAUCUCUUAUUUUCUCACUUUGUUUUUUUCUUUUUCUUCUCCUCCUUCUUCCCUUUUCACUUAUUUCCUCCCACCACUUCCUUCUUUCCUUUAAUCUUUAUAUUAAUAUUUCUUUCUCUCUGUGUCAAUCCAUCAAUAUUUUUAUCUAUCUAUCUAUCUAUCUAUCUAUCUAUCUAUCUAUCUAUCUAUCUAUCUAUCUAUCUAUCUAUCUAUCUAUCUGUCUGUGUAUGUCAAUCAUUUUAAAUCUAUCUAUCUAUCUAUCUAUCUAUCUAUCUAUCUAUCUAUCUAUCUAUCUAUCUCUAGAUAUUAAUGUUUCUUUCUUUCGAUAUCUAUCUAUCUAUCUAUCUAUCUAUCUAUCUAUCUAUCUAUCCAAAUAUGUUUAUAUCUAUCUACUAAACUUGCUUUAG